AGCCCGCCUUCACUGCUAUAAAUUAGAACGAAGUGACUGAUUCACAUUUGAGUCCGUUUGAAUUCUUUCAGGAAGUAUGUCUUUUACUGCAGUCAGCCAAGAUUAUUGGAGUAAGAUGGAAAGGUUUACAAUCAGAGAAAGAUGUAAGUUAAUGUUCAACAACGAGCUCUUGAGCGAUGUGAAGUUUGUUGUGCGAGACACUGAGGCCGGAAGUGAAAGUAUGAAGACGAUUCCAGCUCACAAGUUCGUGUUGGCGAUCAGCAGCCCAGUAUUUUACGCCAUGUUCUACGGUGAACUAGCAGAGACGAAAGACUCCAUCAAAAUCUCUGACUGCGAAUAUCAAAGCUUGUUGGAGUUGUUCCGUUUCAUUUACAGCGAUGAAGUGAUUUUGAACGCCGACAAUGUUAUGCAAGUGUUGUAUUUGGCGAAGAAAUACAUACUCUCUUCUCUUGUUGACAAGUGCACAAAAUACCUGGGAGAGAACGUGGAUGCUUCAAACGUGUUUCAUGUCCUGCCAGGGGCACAGAAAUAUGAAGAGAAAGAUCUGGUGGAUAAAUGCUGGAAAGUGAUCGAUGAGCAUGGAGAUGAAGCAAUAAAAUCGGAUGUUUUCGUCGCAAUCGAGAAAUCUUUGCUGGAAGAAUUAGUGGAGAGAGACUCUUUAAAUGUUACAGAGGUGGAGUUAUUUAAAGCUGUGGACUAUUGGGCUGGACAUGAAUGUGAAAAGAAAAACCUGGCACUAGAAGGAUCCGUGAAGAGAAGAAUUCUUGGAGAAAGGAUAGUCAAGGCGAUUCGCUUCCCGGUUAUGGAGCUGAAGGAAUUCGCCAAAUAUGUACUUGAUUGCGACAUAUUGACACGAGAAGAGACCUACAACCUGAUGAAGUAUCUUAGUGGUGUGCCUCAUAAACCAGUAGAAUUUCUGGAAACGAAAAGAGGUGGGUCACCACAAAGUCUAAGAAGAUUCGCUGCAUUAGGAAGCGCGAUGGAGUAUCCUUUCGACUCCAUGAGUCAUUCAAUUACUCUUUCGGUUAACAAGAUAAUUGAACUUCAAGCUGUUCGUUUAUUUGGUAGUGAGAACAAUAUGUAUGAUGUGGCACUAGUUAUCAUUGAUAAUGAUGGUUUUGUUUUGGCUGAUGUGAUUGGCACUUUUUCAUCUAUACCUAUGCAAAGUGACAUAGGAGACUAUCACGGCUUUGACUUAACAUUUGAGCCUGCACCUGUUUUGCAAGCAAACACAGAUUACAUUUUCACGGCCGAGAUUGAAGGUCCGCUAUCCUGGUAUGGAAAAGGUGGAGUGUCCUGCAAAGAACAGGCUGGCCUUACUUUCUCCUUUAAACAUUCUUCUCACUUUUCCGCAUGCUAUAGUGAUGUUGCUGAAGGACAAUUUGCUGAGUUAAAAUAUAAAUCAAUGUAAUCAUAAAUUACCAAGUUUGAAGUUGCGUCAUCUGCAAACUUGUAUUUUCAUGGAUGCCUAUUAUCAUUUGUAUCAUAGUAAACAUUGUACACAUCGUCUGAUAGGUCAAUGUGGUACUGGCCAUGGUAACUAGAUCCGGGACCUUCGUAGUAUAUGUUGACGAGAGGAGAAUACAACAGAGCGGUUUCAUAUUGACUUUGUGUCCUUUACUUUGUUACAAAUACUACAGCCAAUUCAGUCUAAAGUAGAUACUUAAUCAGGUUAUAAAGCAUGCAUGUAGCUGGCUAUGUCAUAAAAGCAAUAGAGCGCAAUUUUCCCGGGCUCUAGAACGUGAUAAAGCCACUUGCGAGGUUGAGAGAACACUCGGAAAGAUUAUAAAUUACUCGCCUUCGGCACGUGAUUUAUAGGUUUUCCUUUUUUGCACUGCUGGUACUCUCAUUCAAGACCAUUCCCUAUCACUCAGUCCUGGAAACGACUAUCAUUCUUGAAAGAGCUGGAGUUGUGAUGUUGACUUAGGUUCUUAUAUGUGACAAAAAUUGCAUGAAUAAA